UUGAAUUUACUUUGAUGAUACUCAAUAAAGUUUUGAGUAGGCUAAUAAACAAAAAAAACAAGUUAUUAAGUAAAUUUAUUUUUUUUACUCUAUUAUAGAGUGAUAAAUAAAGCAUCAUUGAAACAUUUUUACUAUAAACUUUAUUUUAUAAUAAAAAUAGAAUAAAGUUGGAGAUGCCGUUACGUAUGUAAGCCGGUCAGGUCUUAAUUGGUUAGAAAAUUACUAGACUGGUUAGGGGAUUCGUUAAGUCUUAAUUGGUUAAAAUUUUUUUACUACACUGUUUAUGGGAUUUUAACAUAUAUAAUAUAUAAAGUUAAUGGCCUUUUGGGCUGAGCUUCUCAAUCUCGUAAACAAGAAGCGAAAGCGAGAGUACUGUACUCUUAAGGGAACCAAGUAAAUAUCUAAGAAACCACAGAAAAUGAAUCUAACAUUGAGACAGCAGGAGAUGUAGACAACGAUCAAAUUCUUCCCAACUAAGAGAUGAGUGACUCUUUUGUCAUAGGAUCGGAUGACUCUUAUCUUAUAUAUAAUAUGCAUUUUACUUUAAUCAUAGGUUCCCCGUUUGGUUUGUAAACCGUUGGACCAGUCUUUUACAUUAAACCAGUCACACAAACAGUACUUGGAGCCGUUUGGUGUGUGAGGAAUCAUUAAUCAAACAAACAACUCGGUUCCCUGACCGUUAAGUACUUCAUGUUAUGCAACGAAUGUUUGUUAUUUUUAUAUGAGCGUGACAAUGUAUAUUUCAAAGUCUAAAUAUGCAUUGUUGAUUCUGUAUAAGUAGAAGGCUAUGUUAAUGGACUGAAAUUGGUUUAGUAUGGAGCCUAUGGACAUUAAAAGAUUUUUGUUAGUAUCUCAAUAGCUGCAGUGAUAAAAUUACCAGAAAUUUUGCUACAAGAACUUUGACAACAACAAAGAAGUUUCUUUUCAUAUGAUUUAAACUAGUAAAGAAAUAUGGUUACCAAGAUGUAGGAGAAAGAGUAAUUGGGAAGUAGAAUUAUUAAAAGAUGAUUCAAAUUAGUACACCAACCAACUUAGCAUUCUUUCCUUACAAGACUUCCAAACUUCAAAAGUUUAAAGCAUGUGAUACUUACUUUACAACUUAUAUAACUAACGAAUAUAAAUUUUAUAAAUUAUGGUUGUGUGUGUGUGUGUGUGUGUUUUAACUCUUUAAUUUGAAAACUAACAAAUUUUCCAAUUCUGUUUAUAACAAAAAAAACUAGAAAAUAGAAAUUUCUAGAAUAGCUUAACUAAUCAAACCUGUGGAGUAGGCUUUAGUGCAGGAGGAAGACUUCCAGUAUUUCGUACUAAAUUAUCCAUUUUUAAGUUUUCACAAGUGAAAAAACUCUAAUACCAAUUAAUAAUACAUAAAUAAAUGAAUAUUAGUCUUUAUACGUUAGAUCAAGUCCCAAUUCAUAGUUGAUGUGAGGGUUUCUAUUAUCAUUCUUCCAAAUAGUGGUCCUUAUAAAUCAUUUCUGUACAUAAAAUUCUGGUAUAAAAUUAAUUUUUGGGUCAGAUUAAUCUUUGCUUUUUUCAGGAUCUAAUAUUGUGUCAAGAUUCAUAUGUUUCCAACUUCAAAUCAUUUGAUAAUGAGUGUAUUGAUUUACUAUGUGAGACUACAAACCUAGUGUGCACAAAAAUCAAUACAUUUAAGUUAUAUAUAGUCUUUGUAUUAUGAAUUAAAUCCAUCACUAAUAAAAGAUAAACAAGUAAAGUAAGCAAUCCUUGUCGGUAUUUUGCUUUUCAGUCACUCCUUUCUCCAAAUUAGCCAACUAACAAAAAAAAAGUGGCCACCCAUACAUAUACACACCACUAGUUCAUACCUCAUUGUAUACACAGCAAAAAAAAAGAGAAAUUCUAGGAGAAAACCUUGUUGGGCUCUCUACCAGAGAUCGAAGCAGACGAGUGAAAAUAAUGGCGGCGAGGAUAGUGGUGGCUUUGGCAUGUAUAGUGGUGAUCAUAAGGCUGAGUGAAGCGGCGGUGUACAAAGUCGGCGACUCAGCAGGCUGGACAACCAUAGCCAACGUAGAUUAUAAGCUAUGGGCCUCAACCAAAACUUUCCACAUUGGUGAUACCGUCUUGUUCGAAUACAACCCACAAUUCCACAACGUAAUGAGAGUGACACACGCAAUGUACAGAAGCUGCAACAACUCAAACCCAAUCUCCACCUUCACCACUGGCAAUGACUCAGUCACACUCACCAAUCACGGCCACCAUUUCUUCUUCUGUGGCGUUCCUGGCCAUUGUCAGGCCGGUCAGAAGCUCGACCUCAACGUCAUUAACCCCACCUCCUCCAGGCCACUCUCUGAUCCACCAAUCUCCUCGGAUUCGUCCUCCCCCUCUUCUCCUCCGUCCACUACUACGAUUCCUGCCGCCGGAGUCCCCGGUCCAUCUCCUAGCCACGCUGCUUCUCUCCCGAAUUCGGCCGUAGCUGUGGUGGCUGCCCUUGUCUCUUGUCUCUUUGCAAAUUUUGCUUAUUGAUUAGGAUUACAUAUACGUUGCAAUUCUUGCACAUAAGUUUUUGUUAUAUGUCCAAAAAUGUUUUUCUUAUGAAUUUUCCUUUCUACCGUAUUGUUCUUUUUAUCUAAUUGAUUCAAAAUGUUUAGACCGUCAAUAAUAAAAAGAAACGUGUGCAUUAACGAUUUUGUUGUUUUUA